AUGUUCCCGCCGCCGAGCGGAACCCCGACUGUGAACGGGAACGUGAACGGAACUGCAAAUGCCAAUGGAAAGCCGGCGGUUUUCCAGGAAGACCUAAACAAUGUGCUCAUGUGCCCCGACUGCAAAGAAUACCCCCCGGACCUGAUUGAGGAGUUUUCGAGCGGCGACAUGGUCUGCAACAGCUGCGGUGUCGUCGUCGGCACCCGCAUCAUCGACACACGCUCCGAGUGGCGGACGUUUGCCAAUGAUGACCAGGGCGGCGACGACCCUAGCCGUGUCGGAGGACCGCAGGACGAGUUCGUUGAGGGCCAGCAUCUGGCCACGACGGUUGCCUUUUCCGAGUCCAAAGCCCACAAGGCCCUGUCCCGGACGCAGAACAAUGCCAACCAGGACAAGGCCCAGAAGGGCCUGAUGCAGGCCUACAAGGAGAUUGUCGCGCUUUGCGAGACGAUCCAUAUGGGGGCCAACGUCUCCAACGCCGCCAAGCACAUCUUCAAGCUCGUCGACAAGCACAAGUUCAUGAAGGGCAAGCCUCAGGAAGCCGUCAUUGCUGGCUGCAUCUUCAUUGCGUGCCGACAGAACAACGUGCCCCGAACCUUCCGGGAAAUCUUCAACCUCACUAGUGUCAGCAAGAAGGAGGUCGGCCGAGUCUUUAAGCAGUUGCAGAACUUUUUGCAAAAGAUUCAGGAUACCGAAGGCGAGGGCGCUACCGGACUCAACACCGUCACCAACUACGAAAACACGUCUGUCGGCGCCGAGGAUCUCUGUGGCCGUUAUGUGUCUCAGCUAGGGUUUAAGAACCAGCAAAAGAUAUCCAAGAUCUCUCGCGAUCUCGCGGAGCAGGCCACCGACAUCUCUGCUCUUGCUGGCCGCUCGCCGCUGUCGGUUGCCGCAGCGUGCAUCUAUAUGGCCUGUCACCUGAUGGGAGAGCCGCGUCCCUCGGCGCCGAUUGCCAAGCAGACUGGCGUGAGCGAUGGAACGGUCAAGACGGCCUACAAGUUCCUUUUUGCUGUUCGUGAUCAGCUGAUCAAGAAAGAAUGGCUUGAGGAGGGCGGCAAGAUGGAGAACAUCCCACAAGUCCAGGGGGCUUGA